AUGAAGCGGCUUGUUUUUCAUCGCUCUGCCUGUUCUCUGAACAAGACACAUCUUCUUCUUCCGCAACAUUCUUCUUCAACAGUAGCCAUUCUACUCUCUAGUCAUCAUCAACAACAACAAAAUUUUAGUACCAGCUCUUACUCAAAUGAAGGAGUUAGACAAAUUGAAUUGGACGAAGCAAGCAAGAAAAAACUUGCCAACAGGAAGCUAUCUCUGAAGGAUAUUCAUAAACUCAUAGAGGACAACAUUGCAAGAAUUAGAGGUGGUAGGGCCAAUUACGAUGGUUCAGAUGUCUAUCAAGCCGCAACAUCACAAGCCGACAAGCCUUCCAAAGCAAAAAACAUUUCUCCCGAAGCACCAUUCCAAGCAAAUUCCAAGGACUCUCCACAAGGAAAUACAUGGUAUGAUUACUAUCGUUAUAUAGAACGAGCUGAUAGCGAUGUGUUCAAUCAUCACUUAAAAACUCCAGUCAACGCCAAUUCAGCUGGAUGGCUCUACAACAAAGCACCAACAAGUCAUAUGGAAUUCAUGAGCGCUAUGGAUCAAUUUUCUGAGAUUGCUCAAGAUUGGAGAGAAGGUAAACUUGCUGGUGAUGAUAUUCAACACCGUAAAAUGAUGGAAUAUCAAUUACAUCAAUUACCUCAAUUCAAAUCUCGUCCUCCAGAUCCAUUCGCCAACAACCAACAUUACGUUGAAAAGAUUUCAUACAAGAACCCAAAUCUCCUUCUCAAGUUUGUUUCGCAAACUGGACGUAUUAUUCCAAAGCGAUUUACUGGUGUUAGAAGAAGAACUCACAAGAAGAUUCAAGACGAAGUUAAAAAGGCUCGCCACCUUGGUCUUCUUUCUUUCACUGGAGCUUCUCUUGAACAAGGAAACUUGUUGAACCAAAUUGAAAUUCCUUACAUCUCCAACCAAUUUAAUCUCAGAAAUCGUACUGAAACUCACUUGACCAAGUCUCAACAAAUCGAUAACACCAAAUUCUACCUUGAUAACUUGUCAAAGAAUAUUAGUACAUCUGGAAGCAUUGAAUGGAUUCCACCAGAGAAGGAUAGAAACCCACGUGUAGGCAUUAAGAGUCAAAAGGCUCAAGUCGAGGGUCAUUUGAAAUCACAAGUGGAAAAGAAGAAGGCACUUAUCCGAAAAUUGAGAGUGGAAAACGAAAUUUUGAAACAAAAAGAACAACAACAAUAA